AUGCAAGCAUCCAAACAUAUUGCCUUUGCUUGGCCUGGCAAAGUUCCGCGGCCGGAUAGCUAUGGUCUCUCCAUGGAUGGAAAACGGAAUUUAAGCCAAUUUCUCGCCGAUAGGACAGAUGUGGAUCGCUACAAGAUGUGUGUUCAAAUCGCUGAAGCCGUGUCCUUUCUUCAUGAUGCUAAACUCGUCCACGGUGAUAUCAAAGCGCUGAACAUUCUGGUGACCAAAGAUCAUCGGCCCCAACUUACAGAUUUUGGAAGUGCGAGCCUUACAGAGUACACUCUCAAGUUCAGUACGACCACUUACGUUGCGAGCACAUCACUGCGUUGGACGGCUCCUGAGAUACUACUCGAAGUAUCCAGUAGGGGACUAAGCUGCCAAGGUGAUGUAUACGCCCUUGGGAUGACUUUUCUGGAAGUAAUUACAGGGAUGGUACCGUAUGCGGGAUUGAGCGAUUUAACGGUGCUCCGCAAGAUCCAGUCUUGCGAGCCUCCUGAUAGGCCCGGUGUCUGCCCUGAUUGGUUCUGGUCCCUUAUCUCUAGCUGCUGGCUAGAUGCUGACAACCGACCGACUGCCAGCACUGUGCGGUCCCAUAUGAAGGCGCAUUUAUUUUGUAACAAGUUACAAUCGGCUAGCCCAACUCUGGAUCCCAUUAGUACAUCAUCAUCCAAACCGUCUGAAUGGACCAUAUCAGAUGAUGGGUACAUCGUUGGAACAAAAGUGGAAGAAUCGGAACUACGCCGCAGAGAUCAAGAGAUUUCCUACAUAGAAAGGAGAGGUUGCCCCAAUCUUACGAGGGAACUUGAACCAUCAGCACUCCCCGAGUAUCCCACUGCUAGUGGGAAAAAGAACGACGUAUUCUGUGCAAAACUUGAUACAGGGGUGAUAGUUGCGCUCAAACUCCACAGAAACAAAGAUGAAAUAAAUAAAUGGUAUAGUCGUAUCCAGGAGAUUCACAUAUGGUCGCAGUGUAGACAUCCAAAUGUGUUGGACCUGAUUGGGGUUUCAAAAUUUCGUCUUGGGAUUGCAAUAGUCACGGCGUGGAUGAAAUACGGAAGUAUGAAAGACUUUCUUGCCUAUCAUCCUGGAGAAAAUCGGUGCAAACUAAGCCUGGGUAUUGCUGCGGGGGUAGCCCACCUGCAUUCAAUCAGAAUAGAUAACGUAUUAAUAUCAAAAGAUCGCACUCCAAAACUCGCAGGAUUCGGGAGUGCAAUCGAAUCCAAAGAAGUCACCCAAGCAAGUCAGCGGGGGGAGUUGGAUCAAUACAUCUCUGGACAAGACUUCGGCGAUAGCCCUGAUCCUGAAUGCAUGGGUAUCUCGAACAGCGUAUACCCAAACGACGCAAGCUAUGCGAGUGGUUUUGAGACAGAUAUAGCUUCGCUUGGAAUAGUCAUACUAGAAGCUUUUGUAGGAAGCCUUGCCUACCUACACCUUGAUGAAGCAUCUCUGCACCAGAGAGUAUUUCAGUUCAAGCGUAGGAUUCCUGAGCGGCCUCAACAAAUGAUUCCUUUGGUUCCUGAAGCAGACCAGCUAUGGAGAUUACUGGAAGCCUGUUGGUCACGAAAUCCUAGUGAUUGUCCAACUGCAGUAGAUGUAUACAACGAAAUGUCUUCAAUUAAUACACAAUACCACACUUGGUCCAAACAAGGCAAAGGAAAUAUUGCUCACUCGGAUUCGACCACUUGGUCAGAGUUGUCAUCAGCGAUAGAUGACAAUCCGCGAUGGCUUAGACUUGAGGACCCGGGUGAUAAAAUGGUUGAUGAGAUUACCAAACGACUCGAACAGUCUGGGUGUGCAAAUGUGACCGAUCAUAUCGAAGUGUCUAAACUGAACCCAUACCCUCAAGAAGCUGGAGGAUUCGGUUAUAUCUAUCGCGAGACACUUUACAACAGCGACAUAGUUGGAAUCAAAUGUCCAAAACUCCAUUUUGGUUCUCCUGCGAUCCGAAGAAGGCAGCUUACGGCAAGUAAUAGUGAAAACCUCAUAGAAGGGCACUUUUUGAUCCUUUCGCUGAAGAACACCGCGCAUGAAGCACACAUAUGGUCCAAAUGCAAUCAUCCUAAUGUGUCACACUUAAUCGGAGUGGCCAAAUACCGAGAUCGUCUAGCAACAGUAUCACCAUGGAUGGAUAAUGGCGAUCUAGUACGCUAUCUAUUGUGGAACGGGGACGAGAUAAACCGCAUGGAAUUGAUUGCUGCUGGUGUUAAGUAUCUCCACAAAGAAGAUAUAGUGCAUGGUGACAUUAAAGGGGUCAAUAUCCUCAUAUCAUCGGAUGGUAGCCCAAAGAUAACCGACUUCGGGAGUGCAAUAAGUUCAAAAUACUCCGAGUUUCAGCCUGAAUAUUACGGUCGCCACCUAGCGGGGUCCUUGCGUUGGAUGCCUCCGGAAAGGCUGACUUCCGUAUCGCCCCCAACUCCUCAGGCGGAUAUAUACGCGCUCGCAAUGACAUUUCUAGAAGUCGUCACAGGGGCAAUCCCGUACGCCAACACAACCGAAGACGGGGCAGUGUUUCACAAAAUUGUAUCAGAAAUCUAUCCCGAAUUUCCGGAGCUAAUCGAUGUGACCGACCGGAAGCCAGUCGCGUCCUCAUAG